AAUAGUUGUAAACAUGGCGUCUGGCAGUGGGUCGAGUAAAAAUGACUUCCGUCGGAAGUGGGACAGAGACGAGUAUGAGAACCUCGCUCAAAAGCGUAUCGCUGAGGAACGAGAAAAAGAGAGCAAAGAUGGGAAACCCGCACCCCCGAUCAAGCGAGAAAAUCUGCGUCAUCGGGACUACAAAGUGGACCUGGAGUCUAAACUCGGGAAAACCAUCGUUAUCACCAAGACCACGCCCCAGGCUGAAAUGGGCGGCUACUACUGUAACGUGUGUGACUGUGUGGUGAAAGAUUCCAUCAACUUCCUGGAUCACAUCAAUGGCAAAAAACAUCAGAGGAACCUCGGCAUGUCCAUGAGGGUGGAGCGGUCGUCUCUGGAUCAGGUGAAAAAGCGCUUUGAGGUGAACAAGAAAAAGAUGGAAGAGAAGCAGAAAGAGUACGACUUUGAGGAGCGCAUGAAGGAGCUGCGAGAAGAGGAGGACAAGGCAAAAGCUUACAAGAAGGAGAAACAGAAAGAGAGGAAGCGGCGGGCCGAGGACGACGGCGACUUCGAGGAUGACGACGAAAUGGCGGCCGUUAUGGGUUUCUCAGGAUUUGGAACAUCUAAAAAGAACCGCUGACAGCCCGAGAAUGUGACUGGAUUGAGCUAGCACGUCUUGUAAUAUCAUCAGAGCCCUGGUGGGGGCACGCGCAAGAUGAUGGGACGACUAAAUCUUGUUGCACUGAUGGCAUUUAUGUUCAGAGUCCGUAUUUUUUUAAUAUUCAUUUCCCCGUUUUGCAUGUUUGAAGUGAACAGACUGUUCGUUUGCAGGUGAGCUCAUCGGUUUAACCAAAUUUAGACCCACGUUCAAUAAAUUAUUGAAAUGUAAUAUUUUGUGUUCUUUAUUAGAAUACAUUCUCAUCAAUGGAAACAGUUGUCAGUGAAUACAACAUGUUUUUCAUGUCAUUAAGACAUUUUAUUUGUUGUAUAUUGUCAGGUGUUCUUUACAAUAAAUGAGUUUUUG